UAUGGGACAAUAAUUGUUGUGGAAGAACAGUUCCAAACAAGACCUCAUUAACAUUACGGUACCUCACAACAUUUCAACAUGUCCGACAGCGAAGACGCCCUUGAUUAUGAUUUCGCAACCAAGACGUCAAUGCAUGGGGUGCAGCGCUUAACCGAGAAGAGAGGCUGCAGUUACAAGCUAUUCUGGGUAAUAAUCAUAGUAGUAGCUGUGGUGUCUUGUGGGACUGCGGUUGUGGAAAGGAUUAUUAUUUACUUUCAAUACAACGUCAAUACAGAAAUAAAAAUUGAAAAUCCUGAAGAAGUGACAUUUCCGGCUGUUACGAUAUGCAACUUUAACAGGUACCGUCGGUCUAAGAUAUCCAAAACUGAAGAGGAUUAUUAUGGCUGUGCUACCAUUCUUGGGAUAGAGGAUCUUAGUGGGCAAUUCACUCAAUACAUAGAUAAGUGUGGACAGUUGCUUAACACAACAUCCUUCAAUGUAUCAGAAUUUACGGAAAAAGCCGGAUUUGAUCUUGAUGCUGAAACGCUGUGGUCGUGUAAAUUCCGGGGUAAAACUUGUGAUGCAAAGAAUUUUACAAGUGUUAUUACCGACUACGGUCGCUGUUGGACCUUCAAUGGAGCGAGCGGCAGCAGCUUGAAGCAAUUUCAACCAGGACGUAAUAGUGGACUACAAUUGAUGAUAAAUGUGGCCCAGUAUGAAUAUACAGAGACCUUUGAACUUGGUGGUAACCUGGAAGCUGGAUUGAAGUUUCUAGUACACCCACAAGACACGCCCCCUCUCGUGUCCACUAGAGGGUCUGCUAUUGGUACCGGUCAGCAUGCUUUUGCUGAUGUAUAUGUAUAUGAGACUGAUACCCUGGAAGAGCCAUGGGGUCAAUGCAAGAAAGAUCAGAAGUUAAACUACUACAAAACGUACUCGUAUGUAAACUGCGUAAUGGAGUGCCGAUUCAAACAUUUUGCUGAACAGUGUGGCUGUAAGCCUGAAAGGUAUAAAGGUCCAGCAAGAAUCUGUGACCCAAGAGAUACAUCUUGCAUUGUCAAAGUUUUGGAUAGAAUAAAUAACAAUAAGCUUCGGUGUGAAUGCUACCUCGACUGCAAAGACAUUUCCUACGAGACCAAGUUAUCAUACGCCAACAUCCCAAGUUACAGUAUUAGUAACGGUACUCAAGAAGCUUACAACGAAUCAGCAGAGUUUUUAAAGGAUAAUGUUGUUAUGUUGGAUGUGUAUUAUCCUGUAAUAACGAAACAAGUUUAUAAACAAACAAAAGCUAUGACCUUCUCAGCCUUACUGAGUGACAUUGGUGGACAGUUGGGACUGUUUGUUGGCGUGAGUAUCAUUACAGUGGUUGAGAUAACCGAAUACCUGGCCUUGAAAAUGGGGAGGUGCAUGGAUGGAAAAAGGGGACAGAGAAGGAACAAGAAAAAUAAGAAAAGUGGUGUCUCCCCACAAAAUAAUGCACGCGGUGUGGAAAUCAAGGAAAUUAAUAGUUUAUAUCAGGGAACAGGGAAUUCACUGUUCCCUGGUUAACAUUAAUAGCUAAUUGGUCUUUGAAUGGUCUUAAACCGGCCACUCAAAGCGCCCGGCGGUCUUCGCCGAAAGGAUUCUAUGGAGAACGCAACGCAACGACGCGCAUGCAACAGAUCGUUUUUAAUGAUCCUAGCCACCGACAAUCAACAGCGUCGAAUAAUCUAGCGCUCACAGGAAGCUAAAUUGGAUUCGUCGGCUGACGGUCGCGCGACUGUCGUACGACGCAGUGAGUGCCCGGCUUUAGAAUCAAUAGAUCUCGCAAUAUGUAAAUAUUUUAAAGUUUGGAUACAACCUAAAACAAAACUAUACAUACCGUAAAGUUUCAGGUAAUAGAAGUCCCAUGGGUUUAAUCUCGAGCAGCCGAUCUCGAAAAGACGCCCACGGGCUUUUGAGAUUUACAUACACACUGGCGUUAUCUUUGAUUAUUAUGAUAGCGUGUCAGUAUUAAGUGGUAUUUUAUUGUACAACAUGGUUAAAAUUUUAAAAAUAUUACACAAAAUUUCGAAUUUCUUAGUUAAGAAAUGUCGUAUAGUAGCAAUUCCACAAUUUACAGCAUUAAUUGAAAAUAAGCCCCCUCUUUAUUUCGUAAUAUCCAAAAAAGGACAAUUUCGAAAACAACAAUCUCAGUUUGGUGCAUUCAAGUUGCUGUAUUAAUAAAAAGUUGAAGCUGCGGUACAACCUGGCUCUGUUCCACUUGUUGGUCAUAUUUUGCACUCCACAACGUGACGUCCAACAGUAGCAGAGACCAUAAAAGAAAAAUCAUUUAUUGAAAAUUACAAAGUUUACAUAAGGUAUUGGUGCAAUUUUUAAUUUUCUCUUUAUUAAUUUUCAUAACUAUUACUAACUUCGACUAUUGCAGCCUAAUUUACAAAUCUAUCCCAGUAACACAGUCCCAUCGUAUUAAAUUGGUAGAAUUCAAUCUAAGUUUAUGCAUUUCAAUAAUCAUAUGCAUUAUAAUGAUAUUAAUUUGGUUCCGUAUACUCUCUUCUUGCAAUUCGCAAAAGGAGAAAUGUUUUGAUAUGAUUUUUCUUUGUAAGUGUAUGAAUUUUGUUUUAAUAUAGUCGGGACCAACUAACACUCACGCCUAUAGUCAAUUCACUCAACAACGAAACGCUAGAAUUAAAUGCAUGCAAACCAUCAUUUAAGUAUCACAACAAAAGUCAAUAGAUGUGAACAUUACUAACAUGCUAACCCUAUGUAGCCAGUUCUCCAAUAACACAUAGCUAAUAAAAAUUAACAUUUACAUUUGGUUACCAUACACAAUUUCAAAAUAUUUAUAACCAGUUUCAAAAGAUUACAGUAUAACAUUAUCAUGAAUAAAGAUUACGAGGACUAUAUAAUAAACGUUCAUUACUAUUAUUAUAAUCCUAGACACAACGUUAAUAACGGUUUGAGGAUAUAAUCAUAUUAUCACGAUAUAACAUAAUCAAUGUUUCUCAGUUUCAGAAUCUAUUCUAAAACAAACGUUAUCUACUGGCUACAAAAGAUAGUAAAUCAUUAAUUAAUGAUAACUCAAGAUAUAUCAGAACCAUGCCUGCCAUUAAUCAUCAGUUACAAUCAAUGACUAUUAUUUAAUUAAUGUUAACUCCGUAAUAUGAUAACUUUACCAGAGUUACUAUAGUGUCCAUGUUUACACAUUAACAACAAGAUUACACUUGUACCGAUUAUAAACUGCAAAAAUAUGAUCGUUCAUACUAAUGAAUUCAUACAAUGGUAUUAAGUAGCGUUGACAAUGGGUUCCAAAAUUCCAGCACACCACAUACCUACUAGUACGGUACUAUAGUUAAAGAGUCCAGCUUUCAGUUGCUGCUUGCUUCAGUCGCCUGCACGGUGGACUAUCAAUAUAAAUUAAUAAUAAAUAUAAAAUAAUACUAAUAACAAAAGUCACAAAAAUUACACCAUUAUCGCAUGCCCAUAACAUUUCAAUCAUGGCGAGUUUACGCAAAACCAACAUCAAUACAUGUACCAUGAUAUUAACACGGUACAAUAGUUUUCACAUAAAUGUUGUAGUCAAUUGAACUAUAUAUAAUGGUGACUGUUGUAUUAACUACAACAUUUUAUUAUUGUCCCAUCUUGAUGCAGUAUAUCUAUAUGGUAGCCAAGAACUGACAUUUCAGUAAAUUUCCAUAAGCAUUGUCAAAAUUUCAAAACUGAACCAUUAACACAAUAAAAAGAAACUUUUUUCUCUAUCUAACAAAAAUGUGACUUAGAAAAUGGCGUGGUAUCACUGUGGUGCACAUUCCACCAACGUCGUGUUGUGUUCGGCCGAUGGUACUUCGAGACCACCGAAUCCCAUGAGUUGUUUCCGACCAUAAAACUAUAUGCACUUCGAAACCACCAGAACACCAAAUCCUAAGGCUAUGUUCUCACACGGCAGCUAACGGUUAGCAGGAUCCGGAUCCUGCUAACCGUUAGCUGCCGUGCGCCAUACGAGAAAAUCCCGAUCCGGAUACCAAAAAUAUGAUGAUCGAAUCACUGGCCAAUAAGAAACUGGAAAUUGUAAACGUGUACGAGUUAUUGUUUGAUGAUAAAAAUGCGCUCAACUUGCUAACCAAUAGCGCUGGCUAACCGAUCGGGCGUUCUCAUGCAGUUGCUAACGGUUAGCGCUAACGGUUAGCUCCCGAUCCGGAUACUAAGUCUCUCGUGAGAACCAGGCUUUUUUUUAUUCGAGAAUCUCAAUCCACUGUGGCUAAUGUAGGCCUAUUUUCUAUAUUUUCUCUUAAAAUUAAUACACUAAAUUAUCGCUCUAACGAUAUAUUUCUGGUUCCGUUUAACAGAGAUAAUUGCACAAAAAAUGGUUUCAUUCAUCGUUUACUACUUUUACUUAUAAUACAUUGUUACAUCAAGAUCCUACUAUCGAGUUAUUCAAUCAAAAUUUAAGUUUAUUUAAAAUCAUUUUAUUAUAUUUGCAUGCAUUUACGUGAUUGAUCUGCUUGGCUUUGGGCUGGGAAUGAUUUUUUUUAUUGGUGACUUGUGACCCCGUUUCUUUUUAUUAGUAUUUUUCUAUAUAUCUAUAUGGUUGUAAAACUAUUUUAAGACAUAUUUUUAUUGGCAAUUGAUUGCUGUUUGAUGUGUUUUUUGAAAUAAAUAAAUAAAUAAUUUAAUAGUAUUAUUGUAAUUAUAUACGUUCGUCUAAUUAUUUUAUUGCAUGUAAAUAGUGAGUAAUUUAGAUUUAGGUACAAUGUACCUUUCGGCAAUAUUUCUGUGUCUUACUGUGUUUUGUGUUUUAUAAUUACACCAUGAAAUUUACAUUCGAAUAUGCGUACGGUAAUAAAUUGAAUUAAUAAAGGCCACAUAAACGUAAAUAGAUGUGUUAGUUUGAGAUGUAUAGAACAAAUAUGAUAUUACAAUAAUAAAGUUAGGAAGAACUAAAAUGUUUUAAAAUGCAAAUAUGCCGUAAUAUCAUUUAUAAUUGAUUAUUUAUAGAAAAUACCUUGUACGUUUAGUCAUAACAUAACGUAUACAUACAGAUGUGGUAUGAUCAGUACAAAAAGAUAAUCAAAGGAGCCAUGCUCUUUUUAACUUAUACAUAUCAGAGACUCACUAAAUUUAUUGAAAGCAACAAAUAAAAAUAAA